UGUAUAAAACAGACAAGCCGGAGCCACCAUUUCACUCUGCUCUCUCUCUUUCCACUCCCUUUCUUUCUUCGGAUGCUUAACCCGAAAAACCCACAUCGAAUUUUGAAGAAUCUCCUCUGAUUUUCUGAUACCCUAUUCGCUUUUCUUUUCUUUGCUUUAUAUAGGGUUUUAUCAAAAAGGUCUCGCUCUCUCUCUCUAUCUCUCUCUCUCUCUCUCUCUCUCUAUUGCUAUUAGGCUGUGUCUGUGAUGGCUAUGUUGUCGUUGGAAUCUCUGCCGCUGGGGUUCAGAUUCAGGCCGAAGGACGAGGAGUUGAUCGACUACUAUCUGAGGUCGAAGAUCAACGGGGAUGGAAAGGACGUUUCGGUUAUUCGGGAAAUUGAUGUUUGCAAAUGCGAGCCAUGGGAUUUGCCUGAUUUAUCUGCCAUACGGUCAACCGAUCCGGAGUGGUUCUUCUUCUGUCCACAGGACCGAAAGUACCCGAAUGGAAGUCGAUUGAAUAGGGCAACCAUUGCUGGGUACUGGAAGGCAACUGGUAAGGAUCGGCAGAUCAAGUCUGGAGCAAGCUUGAUUGGAAUGAAGAAGACGUUGGUCUUCUAUAGAGGGCGUGCUCCUAAGGGCAAAAGGACCAAUUGGGUAAUGCACGAGUACCGCACUACCCUGAAGGAGCUGAAUGGCACUAACCCUGGUCAGAGUGCCUUUGUCCUCUGUCGCCUCUUCAAGAAACAAGAUGAGACUAUCGAAGGUUCAAGCUGUGGUGAACCUUAUCCCGCUGAUUCAUCACCUACCACAGCCAAAUCUUCUCCUGAAGUUGCACAGCCUGAGCUAGCACUGGAUCCAAUAUCUCUAUCAUUGGGAGGGCAAGCUGAAAAUUGUCCCACGAGUAUUGAUGUUUGUCCUGCUGAAAGUUCUGAUGGAACUACAUCUGAAACGCCUGUCCAUUGUAACUGGAACAGCCAUGGUGCAGAAAAUGGAGUGGCAGAGUUACCAACGCCUGAGCAUGAUAUGCGGCUGGAGGAAGGCUUGAACAUGUUCUUUGAAUCGCCAAUGGAGCCACCAUAUGGCAAAAUUUUCUCCCCAAUACACUCACAGAUGCAGUCAGAGCUAGGAUCUUCCGGCAUGUAUCUCCCUAUGCCCAAUGACAAUGAACCAGAUUUCAAUAUGGCUGAGUUCCUGGAUUCAAUUCUUUGUAAUCCAGAUGAGAACCUGAGGAACGUGGUGUCUGUUAAGGACAAUGGAUCAUACAGCGGGUUAGAUGCAGAAGGGAUCAAUGCAUGUUCUGAGCUUGAAGGUUCUGUUCAAGUUCGUCAUCAGUCUGAAGAGGUUGUAUUACAAAGUAAAUCUUACAAGUUGGAAGAUUUCACAUCUGGUGGACAAACCUAUAAUUGUAGUCUCAAGGAAUCAAGCGAUCAUGUCACUGCAGUUGCAAGUGGUGAGGUUAGAACAGGAAUCAGGAUAAGGACUCGCCAACCACAAAAUCUACCAUUCAUUGAGGGUGUGUCACAGGAUUUUGUAGCACAGGGCACUGCUCCGCGAAGAUUGCGAUUGCAGCGUAAAUUUCAAGUGCUGCCAGUUCACUGCAGCCCAAUGUCAGCAGAUUGGAGCGGUGGACCAGAAGGCCAAGAAUCAAAACCAAUUACUACAGAGGCUGAUGUGCAGGAGGGUGAAGUAUCAGAAAAGCAUGUUUGUGCAGGUGGUCCUAGUCCUGCUGCUGCUAAUACUGCUUUGAGUGAACCGCGAAGCAUCAUUUCUGAUUCCGAUGAAAACAGUAAAAUCUCUGAAGAUCCAAGUACCGGUAUGAAGCCAAACUUGAGGUCUAAAGGCGACAUUUUGACCGGCAUUAAUGUCCCCUCUGUGUUUCCAAAAGCUGCUUCUCUUCGUCGCAAGAGCGGGUCACUUGCUUUUGUGUUCAGGGCAGUGGUGGUUGUAGUCUUGUUCGUAAUCUUUGCUGGCGCAUUGAGAUGUCUUACAUUGUGAGGCUACUUGGAGACCAUUUUGUGAAUAUAGUUGGUCGGGUCCCAAUAGGUUUUUUCUUUUUGGUGGUGGGGUCACUAGUUAGGCUUAUCGGGAGAGAUUUGUUAGGUUAGUCAAUAGUAGUGUAGUUAUGUAGUGAUAUUUAUCCCCUGCCACCACCCAAAAAAAAAAAAGAAAAAAAAAAAAAGAGAAAGAUAAAAAGAAAAAAAAAAUUGAAGCAAUAUAUGCUUUUGGACUACUUCUGUUUUAUGUAUAAAGCUUUCACUUUUUGCGGCUUUUUUGUAGUAUUUGAAAUAAAGUUUAGUUGCAUAGAGCUAUACAGAAAAUUAUUUGGUUUUCUGAUGCAGAUGUGCUUUGAAAUGUAAAAGUGGUGCUGUGUAAACUAGUGGUUUUUUUAUCAGUGUAGAAAUGAGUUAUCAUCUCCAACUAUGGGAUGGUUACAGAU